GUUGGACGGAGUACCAGCGAGUCCACCACCGCAGCCUGAUGGACACCAAAACGAUCUAACGGCCCCCGAGACUCUCGUUAGUGGACAACCAGUGACAGUGGGAGUUAGAGCAGAAGCUGGUAGUUUAACGAAGUUGUGCUCUGAUAAAGAGGAAGGCUCUGAGGAGAGAGAGGAGGCACGCAGCCUUCCGUUAACUCAGCUCCAGCGCGCAGAGAAACGGCACCAUGAGCGUCCCUCUUUACGCACCGACUCCCAUCCAGCCGGCUCACCCGACCCCCUUCUUCAUAGAGGACAUUCUGGGGAGGACUUCCACCUCCACGUCGCCCUCUUCGUCUUCAUCCUCCACCUCCUCCUGUUCCACUCCCGUCAUCCCCACGCCGACGCUCCCGUCGCCAAACUCCUCCUUCACAAGUUUCAUCUCGCCGUACCGGACACCGAUUUACGAGCCCACGCCGAUCCACCCGGCGCUGUCCCAUCACGCUACAGCGGCCUUAACGGCGACGUACGCAUCACCCGGGACCUUCCCCGGGUCCAUCUACCCUUUCCACCACCAGCACCCUCGCUCCAUGGGGGAGUACGCGCAGGCGCUGCUGAGGCAUGAUCCUCUGGGUAAACCCCUGCUGUGGUCCCCGUUCAUCCAGCGGCCCCUCCACAAGAGAAAAGGCGGUCAGGUCCGUUUUUCCAACGAUCAGACCAUCGAGCUGGAGAAGAAGUUCGAGACUCAGAAAUACCUUUCUCCUCCGGAGAGGAAGAGGCUGGCCAAGAUACUGCAGCUGUCAGAGAGACAGGUUAAAACCUGGUUCCAGAACCGACGAGCGAAGUGGAGAAGACUAAAACAGGAGAACCCUCAGGGAGGAAAGAGGGAGGCAGAGGAGGACAGCUUGGCCGGGAGGAGCACCAGAGCCGAGGAGAGCACCGAGGCGUCAGAGACCCAGAGCCCGGCUCACAGACUCUCAGCCGCGACCUCAGAGCUGACGCAGAGCGGCUGCCGUCAGCCGUCACCCACAGAGCUGGACUCUGAGGUAUCCGAGGACUCGGACCAGGAGCUGGACAUCGAGGACGAGGCCGAGUUCAAACACUGACUGUGGAGACACUCUGACAUCCACUCUGACACUGUGGAGCUGAUGACAAAGACUCUUCUUCUACUGUUUUGUAUUUUUCAUCCUCUCUGGGGUCUUUUUACUCCAAACCAACAGACAGGAUGACGGACUGGUUCCUGACGUUAUAUUCAGGUACAAAUCGAACAUUUCACCAUGCAGUGCCUUCACAUGACAGACAUCUUCUCUUUUUGUGUAUAUGGUGUCGUACCCUGCUGUAUUUGUGCUCUUUAACUCUGUAAAUAUCCUGUCAGCCUUUCUCUUGUGCUGUGUGUUUGAAUGAUGAUGCUCUUAUGUGUAAUGGCAGGUGCCUUAAAAUGUAAUAAACAAUGAAUUAAUGUUGUCAAAAUAUGUAAUAAUUACAAUAAACCUUGUUUGUUUUAA